CCGUCUGGCGGGUAAAAAUGUAUGGUUAUGUUCGUAGUCACUUUCCCGCCUUUUUUGCGUUAUUGUUUACUCUGUUUUUCCCGAAUUUUUCGUUCUAAAUCGCUAAAACAUGGAUGUAGCCAACGUCCAGGUCGGCCAGAGGCAACACCAGGAUGAAAUCGGUGUCAGGUGCCAGAAAUUAUUCCAGGAUUUCUUAGAAGAAUUUAAAGAGGACGGCGAAAUCAAGUAUUUGGAGCCGGCUAAGGAGCUCCUCAACCAAGAGCGCAGCACUAUUGAAGUCAGUUUUGAAGAUUUAGAGAAAUAUAACCAAAAUCUUGCAACGACCGUUAUCGAGGAGUAUUACCGGAUUUACCCUUAUCUUUGCCAAGCCGUCUCUAAUUUCGUUAAAGACCGCAGCGAUUUGAAAAAAGAUAAAGAGUGUUAUAUCAGCUUUGUUGAUGUUCCAACAAGACACAAAGUACGAGAAUUGAAAACUGAGAAAGUUGGGACUUUGAUUCGGAUCUCAGGACAGGUUAUCAGGACUCACCCUGUACACCCUGAACUGAUUUUGGGGACUUUCGUCUGUUUGGAUUGCCAAACUGUCAUUAAAGAUGUUGAGCAACAAUUUAAGUUUACUAAUCCGACGAUUUGUCGCAACCCUGUUUGCAAUAACAGGAGACGCUUUAUGCUAGAUGUGGACAAGUCCCUAUUUGUGGACUUCCAGAAAGUCCGGAUACAGGAAACUCAAGCCGAGUUGCCAAGGGGGUGCAUUCCGAGGUGUGUUGAGGUGAUUUUAAGAGCCGAAAAUGUGGAAACAGUCCAGGCCGGCGAUCGUUAUGACUUCACGGGGACUCUCAUCGUGGUCCCGGACGUGGGGGCUUUGGCUCUUCCUGGGGCGAAGGCUCAGAUCAACUCGCGUCACAAGGGUGGUGACGAUACUGAAGGGGUUAGGGGUCUCAAAGCCCUAGGAGUGCGUGAUCUUCAUUACAGAAUGGCGUUUCUCGCGUGUAGUGUUCAGCCCACUAACCCCAAAUUUGGGGGUAUUGAGAUGCCUCUUAAUGAGAUUACUCCCGAAAUUAUGCGACAGCAGAUGACAGAGGGCGAGUGGAAUCACAUGUAUGAGAUGAGCCACGACAGGAAUUUGUAUCAGAAUCUCAUCAAUAGUUUAUUUCCGAGUAUUCACGGGAAUGAGGAGGUCAAAAGGGGGAUACUUUUGAUGCUGUUUGGGGGAGUUUCCAAGACGACAGUUGAAGGGACAACCCUUCGGGGCGACAUCAACUGCUGCAUAGUGGGCGACCCCAGCACUGCCAAAUCGCAAUUUCUGAAACAAGUUUCGGAAUUUUCCCCUCGUUCUGUCUACACUUCGGGCAAAGCCUCCUCGGCUGCAGGUCUCACAGCCGCUGUGGUGCGCGAUGAAGAAUCCUCCGAUUUUGUGAUCGAAGCUGGCGCUCUAAUGCUUGCCGAUAAUGGCGUUUGCUGUAUUGACGAAUUCGACAAAAUGGACCCACGUGACCAGAUCGCGAUCCACGAAGCCAUGGAACAGCAAACGAUCUCAUUGGCCAAAGCCGGAGUGCGGGCCACGCUUAACGCCCGCACCUCCAUCCUAGCUGCAGCCAAUCCCAUUGGAGGGCGCUACGAUCGCGCCAAGUCGCUCCAACAGAACAUCGCGCUAAGUGCGCCAAUCAUGUCCCGAUUUGAUUUGUUUUUUAUCCUAGUUGAUGAGUGUAAUGAGGUGAUUGAUUAUGCUAUUGCGCGGAAGAUUGUGGAUUUGCACAGUAAUGUGGAGGAGGCCCUCGACCGGAUUUACUCAAAAGAGGAGGUUUUGCAGUAUAUUUCGUUCGUGCGGAGGUUUAAGCCAAUCAUAAGUCCCGAGGCUGCGGAGUUGCUUGUGAGGCACUACAACCAUUUGAGGUUGAGGGACACCACAACUAGUGGUAAAUCAACUUGGCGGAUUACAGUACGCCAACUUGAAAGUAUGAUCCGAUUGGCGGAAGCCAUGGCCAAGAUGGAGAUUUCCGACGAAGUCCAACCAAAACACGUCAAGGAGGCGUACCGCCUACUUAAUAAAUCCAUCAUCAGGGUGGAACAACCCGAUAUACACCUCGACGAAGACGCAAAUGCGCCAAUGGUAGAGGACGACUCGGAAACCAUGACUCAGGAAACUGAGCCGCAACCAAUCAGGAAGAAGUUGCAGCUGAGUUUCGAGGAUUACAAAGUUUUGAGUAACAAGAUCGUGGUGUUUAUGCGACGGGAGGAGGCGAGGAGGGAUGAGGAGAACGAGGAGGGGAUCAGGAGGAGUGAUUUGGUGGAGUGGUACUUGAAUCUGAUUGCGGAGGAUAUUGAGUCCGAGGAGGAGUUGUUGGAGAAGAAGGAGUUGAUUGAGAAAGUUAUAGACCGGUUGAUUUAUCACGAUCAAGUUAUUAUUCCCUUGACGAGGACGGGGCUUGGGAGGGAUCAGCAGGAGGAGGAGGAUGCCAUGUUGGUGGUUCAUCCCAAUUAUAUUAUCGAUUGAGUGUACCUAUUUUUUUUAAUAAAAGUUAAGUACUAAUAAGUUUUUUAAUAAUUUGCCCCUUUUUAAGUUUUACUCCAUAAUUUUGGAAAAAAACAAACGAGAAUAACUUACCAAGUGUUAUCAUUGGUAGACUAUUUUUUUCUAGUAUUUUAUUUUAAUUGGAAAACAGUUGAUAAUAAAGGGCUUUUUGAUUUUACUUAAGCACCCAAACAGUAGUAACAGUUAUUGUUAAAUAAUAUUGCUUUUUUAAUGGAGAGUACAAGAAGUUUUUUGAAACAAAUGACAAAUGACUAAUUUUUAAAAACAUCAAUUGAAUCAACAUUGGUUUUUUAUCUUCAGAACAAUGUAAUUGGGGAUAAAUUUUGAAAUUUUUAAAUGAGUACCGAUCUGGUCAGCUGGAAUCAGUAUUAUUGGUUGCAUAUUAACAAAAAUUCAGAAAUAACUCAUUAUUGACUCACCCUGUAUAAACCCCUAAGAUAAUAAAUUGUUCUCAAUUUUUUUCGGGAUACUUUUAGCGCACCCUUAGAUGUUAUUGUAUUUAUUUUGAAGGUUACUUAUUUAAUUUUUUUUAAGGCACUUUAUUGCAGCAAUUUUUUUGUAUAAAAGAUUAUGCUCUAAAAAUGACUUCUAAUUUAAUAAUAUUAUUUUUCAAUCAGUGUUUUUUUUAAUAAUUGAUUUACAUUGUGUUCCGAGCUUACUACGACGAUUUUCCGAAUUUGGCCGAAGAGAUUUUUGAAAAACCUUGAGCUCGGAACACAACUUUAGUAAUUCAUUAAAAUUACACAAUUUUAAAAACAAAAUUAUUGAUUUAGAGGUGAUUUUUAGAGCAUAAUCUUUUACCAAAAAAAAUCGCCGUAGUAGGGUGCCAUUUGAAAAAAAUAUAUUUUUUUGGAUAACUCAAAAACUAAACGGAAUUUCGAAAAAAAAUUUUCUUGAAAAGUAAUCACAUUUUAAAAGUAGUUGAUGAUGUACUAAUUAUUUUUUUCGUAAGGUACAUAGUUUAGGCAAAAAACGCUUGGUUCCAUACUUUUGCCCAACCCUGUAUAAUAAUAAUUGACAGCAUAAAUAAAACUUAAUAAUAAAACGAGCUUAAUAAAAUUGAUAUUACAGGAAGCGCUGUUUUGUCAUUUAAUAAUAAUUAAAUAUUUUCAACAGUUUUACCCAAGGAUGGAGGAUGAAUUUAAAAAAAAAACGCACAAAAAAAUAAAAUAAAGAUAAUUAUAUCUAUUCAUUGAUAUGAAAUCUGUACGUUCACGGACUGAGUGUGCCGAAGGUCAAAAAGAUGUUUUUUAGCCGAAACCAAAGUUUUAUAUUCUUUAAAAACAGGAAAAAAAGAAAUUUUGAAUAAAAAACCUUAAAAACCGUAUAGAAUCUUUCAAAAAAUGUUUUGUGUGUAAGCAAAGAUGUUUUUUUGUCCUAAAAAACAUGGAAAACAUUCUUUUUUUUUACUUUUAAACAUUUCCUGCAUAAAAGCCUUUUUUAAUUUUAUCUUUGUCAAUUAUAAUAGUUGACACAGAUAGAUCAGCUUUGAUCUCAUUUAUACAUAACCAUAUAUUACUUAAUAGCUUUUUUAUCAAAAGAUAAGGCCUGAAGUGUUAAAAAUUGGAAGCUUUGGACAUAAAGUCACGCAUUAUCAGAUUUUUUGGUAGAAUUUAUUGAUGUUUUUUUUUCACAAAAUUAUGGAAAGUUUUCGAAAAACUGUUUAUAUUAAUACAUUUUUGCGCUAGUUUUUGUUCAAAAUGCUCAUGAAACAACAUUUGGAAGACUGCCCAUCACUUUGUCGCGUUUAGCCUUAGCGCAGAUCAAUAAACCCGCCAUGCGAGCAAACCUUCCAGUAUUGUACAAAUUACCUGUUGGUACACUAUUUUUUACCUAUUACAACAAAUCAGUUGAUCUAGAUUAAGCUUUAUACUUGAAUAAUUUAUCCCAAAUUAAAAUCUAG